AUGUGUGAUAAUUUUGCAAGAGUUUUAUGUAAAAUAGUAGUUGCUCAAGUUGCUAAAAAUUUAGGUUUCCCUUCAAUUAGUCAAAUUGCAACAGAUUUUUUAGCAGAUGUAAUUCAAUUGGAUAUACAAGAUAUUGGUAUUAGAGCACAUGAAUAUAGUGAAUUAUCAUGUAGAACCGAUUCAAACUUUUUCGAUGUUAAACAAGCAUUUGAAGAUAUGGCAAUUAAUAUACACGAAUUACAACAAUUUCUUUUACAAUCUGACGAAAUACCAUUUGCGCAAGUUGUCCCACCAUUCCCUUUACAAGGAAGUGUUGAGCAACCAUCUAAACCAUCACCAUAUAAAACUGAGGAACAAGAAUUCCCAUUACAUAUACCUUCUUUUUUACCAAGUUUCCCUGAGAAACAUACUUUUUCAAAAACACCUCUAUAUGGUGAAGUUGUAACAGAUCCUUAUAAAAUAAAGAAAACUAAAAAUAAACAAAAAAGACAGAUUGAAAAUUCAUUAAUUAAAUUAACAGAUAUUACAACAACUAAAAUUCCAAAUUACGAUAUGAUAAAACAACAACAAUAUUCAAAAAAAGAAGAAGCUUCUGGUGUAAAUAAUAAUAACAAUAAUAAUAGCAAACAAAAUAAUAAGAUAUAUAAUAAAAAUAAUGAAGGUAGAAACAACCAUAAUGAAAAUAAUAAUAAAAAAGAUGACGACAAAAUGAAUUUAGAUAGUAAUAAUAAUGACGAUAGUAAUAGUAAUGAGUUUAAUAAAAAUAAUUAUAAUAAUAAUAAUAAUAAUAAUACCAGUGGUAACAAAGAUGGUGAAAAUAACAAUAAUAAUAAUAAUAAUAAUAAUAAUAAUAAUAAUAAAAAUAAUAAACAAGAAAUUAAUAGAGAUAUUAUACCGCCAACACCAUUGGAAUCUGUAAGCAAUACAUUUUAUCAAAAAUUAGAAGAGGAGGAUUUAAAAAAACAUCAUGAUGAAGCACCAAGAAGAUCAUUAUUAUCAGAGGAGGAUCAAGAAAGAGCUAAAAAGAGAGUAAAAUGUGAAAGAAUUUUAAGUUUAGUUCAUGAAUCAUCUCAUUCUACAAUUAAUGAAGAUGAUAAAGAUAAAGAUAUCAUCGAACAUGAUUAA